GUCCUACCCACCCGACACAUACAAUGGCUGGCUUUGGUUUCAGUAUAAAAAAGAAUGAGAAAGUUUUAGAUCCCCCUAAGAAAGUCUCCAUUGGUUUUGGGUUCAAAAAAGCGCCAACAGCCAAGAAGCCCCUUGCCAAACCGUCAUUAUUCCAUAACCCAAAUGACGACGAAGAAGAGGAGGGAAAGAUACAGAAAAUCGAUACCUUUGAUUCCCGUAAGGGAGGCGCAUUCCACAAGGAUAACGUCCCAAAAAUAGUUUCCCCGCUAAUCAUCAAGCCGGUGCCGAACAGGGACUGGCGUGCCGAGGCGUUGGCUAGAAAGGAACAGUCCGUGGAUGAGCCACAAGAGAGGAUGAUUUAUGGGUUGAACCAAUUCACGACUGAAACCAACAUCUCUAAAGAUGCUCCAGAGACCGAUGAAGUCAUAAAUACCCCACUGACAGCAGAGGAGCAGGCUCGUGCGGAGUUGCUAGCGAAUCCAUCUACGAUGAGCACAUCGGAAAAACUCACAAUCCCCCUUGAAGGCUUCGACGAAGAUCUGUACAAGCGGGAUAUCGUAAAAAGACCUGGAGCAACUACCCAAGACGAAUACGAAGCAGUUCCGGUGGAAGACUUUGGAGCGGCCCUACUCAGGGGCAUGGGCUGGAAGGGUAAUAAGACCAAGAAGGCUUCUCUACAAAAUGGAAGCAGUGCAGUUAAGAAGCGGCCAGCCUGGUUGGGUAUCGGAGCCCAACCCUUAGACGAAGAAAUGGCCAAGGGCCAAGUUCGUGGGAUGGAAAGAGUGUAUAACCCGAUCGUGAUGAGGGAUAUAACCACCGGGGAGAUUAUGGAGCUGUCACCGGCGGGUGGAAAACGAGUAUACGAGAAUGAGGGGAACGGAGUGGGGGUUAAAAGACGCAAUGACAGGGAUUGAAGGUGGUGAACAACGCCGAAUUAACUACAGAGACACAAAGGGAGUUUGGAGCCGGGUCUAGAACCAUUGUACUCUGCUUGCGCUACUGUCAAUGCAAACGGCGUUAGGUGUAUAUGUACUAUGAAAUAUCAAUUAAAUAUAGUGAACCUUGAAACCCAAAACAAAUGUCUUAGAAACAGAAAAAAA